AAAAAUAAAAAAAAAUUAAAAAUGGAAAAUCAAAUAAAAUUCACAGAAAAAGUGAUAAUUCCAAAAAUCUUGGCAAAAAAUCCAGAUUUAAAAAAUUUAAAACUCGUAAAAUGUCAAGUCGAUCAAAACAAACAAAUUGACGGCUUUAUGGGAAACAUAAUUUUCGUGAAUGUUGAGUUCGAAAACAACAUCAAGCGACAAUUUGUGGUAAAACUGAUGAAACCUCCAUCGGAGAUGCGAACCAAAAUGGACUCGGAUUUUAUGUUUAAAAACGAACUUUUUAUCUACAGCGACGUGAUUCCGACUUUUUUGGCGAAAUUUCAACGAAAAUUCAAAACUAUCGAUCCUCAAUUAUGGAGUCCGAGAGUUUUUCUCGCCGAAAGCGGAAUUUAUCCGGAGCUAAGUCCCGUGACUGAAACGCUUCUUGCGAUGGAAAAUUUAACUCCUUUGGGAUAUCGUCUCGGAAAUCGAUCAACGUUGUCAGAAUCGGAGCUUCGUUUGAUGUGCAAAGCCAUUGCGCAGUAUCAUGCCUGUUCCUAUGCCUUGCGAAUCAACAAAGAUCCAACUUUAGAUGAGCUUAAAUCUCAUUUGACUCCCGUUCCGUUCACGAAAGAAGAUCAAGAGACUCCGACGAUGCCAGAUGUCACGUACAAAGUUGCUGUUGAUCGACUUUUGAUGUAUUUGGAUGAGAAUCCAAACGAAUUAAAUUCAAAUUCGUUCAAAAAAGACAUUGAAAAUUUCAAAAAACUUUAUGGAGAGAAACCAAGUGCGUUGAUGCAAAGUUUUUUGCGCGACGAUGAAAAGUAUUCCGUCAUUCUGCAUGGAGAUUACAACAGAAAUAAUGUUCUUUUCAAGUACGAAGGCGAUCAAGUGACGGAUUUGAGGUUUAUUGACUUUCAAGAAGUGCGUUACGGAACUCCGGCAAUCGAUGUUUCGUUCUUUUUGUUUAUGAAUAUGGAAGUUGAGGCAAUGGAAAAGGGAUUGUUGAUGACUUUGGUGAAAUUUUAUCAUGAGCAUUUGAUGAAAUCGUUGGCAGAGUUGCUUGAAGUUGAUGAAGAUGAUGAAAAGUUGAAGGAUUAUCGUUGGGAGCCAUUUUUCCAUCAUUUUAAACAAUUUGGACUCUAUGGAGCGAUGGUUGCUGUCUUAUUCAUUCCUUGGAUGAUUUGUUCCGAAGAAGAAUGCGAAAAAUUAACUGCUGCAUGGGAAAAAGACGUUUAUUCCGAAGAUUAUCGCCAAAUUUGUCUCAUUUGCGGAGGAGAUCCUGUCAAUGAUCGCAUUACACGCAUAAUUCGUCAUGCCAGCGAUAUUGGAUUCAUGAAAAUUUUCGAAAAAUGUGAUGAAUAAAAAUUAACGGUUGAUUAAUUCAAAAGUUGAGACGAAUGAA